GCUCAAUCCUCUCUCUCUCUCUCUCAGCUGCCUUCGCGCCGGCGAAGUUUGUCUCUGUGAAAACAGAGAGUGGUAGUGAGAGCGUGAGAAAUGUCGAACUUGCUAAGGGAUUUCGAGGUGGAGGCUAAGAAUCCGUCGCUGGAAGCGCGUCAAAGAUGGAGGUCGUCCGUGUCUAUCGUGAAGAACCGUACUCGUCGUUUCCGUAACAUUCGGGAUCUCGAUAAGCUCGCUGACUACGAGAACAAGAAGCACCAGAUCCAGGUUCCUAUUUCUUUGGUUUCUCUAUCUCUAUUAUUCAGUUUUUUUUUUUGCUGUGAGUAUGAUUUUGAUUUUCUUGGUUAAAAGGUUUUAUAGAAAAUUAUUCAUUGUGAUACUUAAAAGUUAAAACCUUUUGAAGAAGGAAUUGAUAAUGGUUGACCCUGUUAAGCUUUUUUUUCUGCCAUUGAUGAUCCGUACAAAAGGACUUUAUCAGAAAGGCGUUACUUGUUUUUUUUCAUAGUCUAAUCCACACUUUUGCAUACGAAACUUUUUUUUUAAUUCAUGAACUUAAAACUCUUUUUUUCUCGAUGCUAUGUGUAAUCAAAGAUUCAAAAUACACAUUAAAAUUUUGCAAUUUGCUAAUACAAACUCUAGAGAAAUAUGAAUCAAAGGAUGAUAUGGUAAAAUAUCUAAAGGAUGAAAUUAUUAUUCUUUUGGAGCGUUAUCUUUUUUGUUCAAUUGCGGAAACCGAAGAAAAAAAUAAUUCAAGUGGCACCACACAUGAUGCUGACAUCAAGUUGUAUCUUUGCUUGAGUGUGUGUCCUCUACUGUGUUUACAAAUUGGAUAAUUUCUUGUCGCUACUAGGAAGAUGAGCCAAUCUUGAGAGGCCAGCAAAAGUCUGACCCUUUUUUUUUUUUUUUGAGUUUUUUUCUCUUCUUAGCGACUGAAUCCAAACACCAAAGGACGAAAUUUCAGUUUCAAGACUUCUUAGCUUUUUGAUACCAGUUUUUCUUUAACUUAAAUUCAAAUUUGACUUAUGGUACGAGGACUUCUUGUGUGCAAUAAAUUAUUAGCUUAAGGACGUUACACACGGAAACUUGGCCAGGUGUAUUUUCAUAAGGUUCUUUCCACUUGCACAAACCAAAUAAAGAAGCAUUUUUAUGGGAUUCUUGUGGAUAUGAUGAGCUCAUUGUCUUUUCUUCUUUUUCCUUUUUGGUCUCUACUUAUUCGCAUUGAAAUCGAAUCACUUUUCAGUCUUUUUAUAAAUAAAGCAAAUUGUUUUAUAACCUAACUGUUGAGUCAAAGAAAUUGCAGCUUUAACUUAAAAUGUUCUUCACUGUGGCCGGGGGGAAUGAUUAGCACAUAGAUGUUAUGUUAACCUUUGUUACCAAAGAUAUUUCAGCUACAUUAGCUUUAUUUCUCUUUUGUAAGAUCAGUGAUAUAAUUGACGUUCCAAUGGUGUUUCAGAACCAUUCUGUCUUUAAAAAGCAAAAUGAAAAUUUAAGCAAGCAAUGGGUGAUGGAUCUUUUUACUAAUUUGUCCGGCUUAUGAUGAUUGCACCACAGAAACCGUUUGUUCUUUCUUCAGUUUCAUGAAAAGAUCCGAGUUGCUUUCUUUGUUCAAAAGGCAGCUCUUCAUUUCAUUGAUGCUGCUGCUAGGCCGGAAUACAAGCUCACUGAUGAGGUUAAGAAAGCCGGAUUUUCUAUUGAAGCAGAUGAACUUGCAUCUAUGGUUCGCAAAAAUGACACUAAGAGCCUGGCACAGAAAGGUGGAGUUGAAGAACUUGCUAAAAAAGUAUCUGUAUCUCUCUCUGAAGGCAUUCGUUCGAGUGAAGUGCCCAUUAGGGAAAAGAUAUUUGGAGAAAAUCGUUAUACUGAGAAACCAGCCAGAUCAUUCUUAAUGUUUGUGUGGGAAGCGCUCCACGACAUAACCCUUAUCAUUCUUAUGGUCUGCGCUGUAGUAUCAAUAGGUGUGGGUGUUGCUACAGAAGGAUUUCCAAGGGGAAUGUAUGAUGGGACAGGGAUCUUGCUAAGUAUACUCUUGGUGGUCAUGGUUACUGCGAUCAGUGAUUACAAGCAAUCUUUGCAGUUCAGAGACUUGGAUCGAGAGAAGAAGAAGAUUAUUGUCCAGGUCACCAGAGAUGGGAGCAGACAAGAAAUCUCCAUUCAUGACUUGGUCGUUGGAGAUGUAGUUCAUCUAUCUAUUGGGGAUCAAGUUCCAGCUGAUGGGAUUUUUAUAUCUGGAUACAACUUGGAGAUAGACGAGUCAAGCUUAUCGGGUGAGAGUGAACCGUCACAUGUGAAUAAAGAGAAGCCUUUUCUGCUUUCAGGAACCAAAGUACAAAACGGUUCUGCAAAAAUGCUGGUGACAACAGUUGGUAUGAGGACUGAGUGGGGAAAGUUGAUGGAAACGCUGGUUGAUGGUGGAGAAGAUGAGACGCCUCUGCAGGUGAAGCUAAAUGGGGUUGCAACAAUCAUUGGUAAGAUUGGUUUAAGCUUUGCUGUGCUUACAUUUGUGGUAUUGUGCAUAAGGUUUGUCUUGGACAAAGCAACGUCUGGUAGCUUCACCAACUGGUCAUCUGAAGAUGCAUUGACGCUACUUGACUACUUUGCAAUUUCUGUAACUAUCAUUGUCGUUGCCGUGCCCGAAGGUUUGCCACUGGCAGUGACCUUAAGUUUGGCAUUUGCUAUGAAGAAGCUGAUGAGUGACAGGGCACUUGUGAGGCAUCUUGCUGCAUGUGAGACUAUGGGUUCUUCUACUUGCAUCUGCACUGAUAAGACAGGGACCUUAACUACUAAUCACAUGGUGGUCAACAAAGUAUGGAUCUGUGAUAAGGUUCAAGAGAGGCAAGAGGGAAGUAAAGAAAGCUUUGAGUUGGAACUAUCGGAAGAAGUUCAGAGCACUCUUUUGCAGGGUAUAUUUCAGAACACUGGUUCGGAAGUUGUUAAGGAUAAAGAUGGAAACACUCAGAUCCUAGGAUCCCCGACAGAAAGAGCAAUACUCGAAUUCGGUUUACUUUUAGGUGGUGAUUUUAACACGCAGCGUAAAGAGCAUAAGAUACUCAAGAUUGAGCCGUUCAAUUCAGACAAGAAGAAAAUGUCUGUUCUUAUAGCUCUUCCUGGAGGUGGUGCACGGGCUUUCUGCAAAGGGGCAUCUGAAAUAGUGUUGAAAAUGUGUGAGAAUGUUGUGGAUUCAAACGGAGAAUCGGUUCCGCUAACUGAAGAACGGAUUACGAGUAUCUCUGAUAUCAUAGAGGGUUUUGCCUCAGAGGCUCUGAGGACUCUCUGCUUGGUUUACAAAGAUCUAGAUGAAGCUCCCAGUGGAGAGCUCCCUGAUGGAGGCUAUACAAUGGUAGCAGUUGUUGGAAUCAAGGAUCCAGUACGUCCGGGUGUUAGGGAAGCCGUUCAGACUUGUCAAGCUGCCGGAAUCACCGUCCGUAUGGUCACUGGAGAUAACAUAAGCACAGCCAAAGCAAUUGCUAAGGAAUGUGGCAUAUAUACCGAAGGAGGCUUAGCUAUAGAAGGUUCAGAAUUCCGGGACUUGUCUCCUCACGAAAUGAGGGCCAUUAUCCCCAAAAUUCAGGUAAUGGCUCGGUCUCUGCCAUUGGACAAACAUACUUUAGUCAGCAACUUGAGGAAAAUUGGAGAGGUAGUUGCAGUGACAGGGGAUGGGACAAACGAUGCCCCUGCGUUGCAUGAGGCAGACAUUGGACUAGCAAUGGGAAUAGCUGGAACAGAGGUUGCGAAAGAGAAUGCUGAUGUGAUCAUAAUGGACGAUAACUUCAAAACAAUAGUAAAUGUGGCUAGAUGGGGACGUGCUGUAUAUAUAAACAUUCAGAAGUUUGUUCAGUUCCAGCUAACUGUUAAUGUGGUUGCUCUGAUCAUCAACUUUGUCUCUGCUUGCAUCACAGGAUCUGCUCCACUCACUGCUGUGCAACUGCUUUGGGUCAACAUGAUCAUGGACACACUUGGUGCAUUGGCUCUAGCAACAGAACCUCCCAAUGAAGGUUUAAUGAAACGUGCACCAAUAGCUAGAACCGCCAGCUUUAUCACCAAAACCAUGUGGAGAAACAUCGCUGGUCAAAGCGUUUACCAGUUGAUUGUCUUAGGAAUUCUCAAUUUCGCAGGCAAAUCACUUCUCAAACUAGAUGGCCCUGACUCCACAGCCGUUCUUAACACAGUCAUCUUCAACUCCUUCGUCUUUUGCCAGGUGUUCAAUGAGAUCAAUAGCCGGGAAAUAGAGAAGAUAAAUGUGUUCAAAGGAAUGUUCAAUAGCUGGGUGUUCACUUGGGUAAUGACUGUGACGGUAGUGUUUCAAGUGAUCAUAGUGGAGUUUCUUGGAGCAUUUGCUAGCACCGUUCCUCUGAGCUGGCAACAUUGGUUACUAUCAAUCUUGAUAGGAUCAUUGAACAUGAUUGUAGCCGUUAUCCUCAAAUGCGUACCUGUCGAGUCUCGUCACCAUCACGAUGGCUACGACCUGCUUCCUUCUGGUCCUUCUUCUUCCAACUCUGCCUGAUACCGUUUCUAUGUUCACUUUUUUUUUGUUUUCCGGGUAGGAGUACACAAAUAUGUAAGUUUUCUAUUUUUGCUACUUCAAAUUCUUUUUUUUUAUACCACGAAUGGAAUUUUGUUUUCGACUUACUCCAAUACUCUAAUACGAUUUUGCAAUAAAUUUUGCAUUUUAAUUGAAUGUUAUCUAUCAAGAGC